AUCCAAAGAGAAGGUGAUGACAUCAUCAUUCCCAGAAGUCUGAAGUAAUAAGCAGGCAAACUGGGGAGUGCCGAAGAACCACUACCAGGGUAUCUGAUUCAUGACUUUUCAAAGGUCUCAGAAGGUCCUGCUUGAAAACUGUCUGCCCACUUGAGAUUUUCCACAUGUCUUCCCAAACCACCACGCCAUAAGUGUUGAGUCUCCAAGGAAGAAACUGUGUAAAAGUCCUCUAUGAUCUUAGGGAAACAAAAGGAAAGGAUGAAAUACAGAAGAAAAACAAGUCAACUGCUAUUACUUUUAUUGUUUUUAUGGGCUUUGUACAGACAGUAUCAUGUCAGGCACAAAGACGGACUUGUGAUGUACGACGCAGCUCCACAGCUGCCCCUCGUUAACUCAGCCCAGGAUCAACUCUCCAAAGAUGUGUUAGCCGGGGUGCCAUUAGAGUGUAUAGCAAGGAUGAAGUCUAUGAACAGUCCAUCAAAGGAAUUAAAGCUUUCAGACUGGUUUUCUCCCAGUCAGUCCAUGAACCUGACCACCACCAACUGGUCAGCUCCAGUUGUGUGGCAUGGCACUUUCAAUGAAGAAGUUUUGGAACAGUAUUAUGCCAAACAUAAAAUUACCGUGGGGCUGACUGUGUUUGCCGUAGGAAGAUAUAUCGACCACUAUUUGAGGAAAUUUAUACUAUCUGCAGAUAUGUUUUUUAUGGUUGGCCAUAAAGUCAUAAUUUAUGUCCUGAUAGAUGACUUCUCCAGGAUGCCUUGGAUACAGCUGAGUCCCCUCCGUACAAUCAAAGUGUUUGAAAUUAAGCGAGAGAAGAGAUGGCAAGAUGUCAGCAUGAUGCGCAUGAAGACUAUUAGUGAACAUGUUGUAGAUCAUAUCCAGCGUGAAGUCGACUUUCUCUUCUGCAUGGAUGUAGAUCAAGUCUUCGUAAGGAAAUAUGGAGUGGAGACUCUGGGGGAGUCAGUGGCUCAGUUACAUGCUUACUGGUACAAGGCAGAUCUGAUAAAGGUGCCAUAUGAAAGAAGUCAGUUAUCAGAAGCAUAUAUACCUACUGGCAUGGGAGAUUUUUAUUACCAUGCUGCUGUAUUUGGUGGCACUCCUACCCAAGUUCUCAAUAUUGCCAGGGAGUGCUUGAAAGGAAUCAUGAAUGACAAGAAAAACAGCAUUGAAGCAGUAUGGCAUGAUGAAAGCCACUUAAAUAAGUAUUUCUUUCUCCACAAACCUGCUAAGCUCUUAUCACCGGAAUAUUGCUGGGAUUUUACUAGAACAGAUAUCAUUAAUAUUCAUAAUAUCAAACUCUCUUGGGCUAAAAAGGAUUAUAAGCAUCUUAGGGUGAAAUUGUAGUUUUAUAACACUUCCUUCAGAUUUCUGAAAAUAAGAGCAUCAUUUUUGUCUUAUUCCUUAGGAAAUUAGCACUUGAUAAAUUCUAGCACUAAAAAAAAAAAAUCACUAGCAAAAUGGCAAGACCGCCAAUAUGGAAUAGUCAUACUUCUCAUAUUCAUUGUGAAUUGUAUAAGAUGGGAUACAGCAAUUGCAGAAUGAAUGUACUGACGUCAGAUGGAGAUACAAUGAUUUCAUAUCCUGUGUGAAUAUUGAGGAGAUAUUAUUUGUUGGAUUACAUUGAACAAAAUAGAAUCUGUCACAAGAAAAUGAAACCUGAAAUAUUUUUAUUGAUCCAUGUAGAUACACAUUUCUCGUACUGCUUAAGAAAGGGGGUUGUCAGGGUGCCUGGGUGGCUCAGCCGGUCCAACUCUUGAUUUUGGCUCAGGUCAGGAUUCCAGGGUUGUUGGAUCAAGGCUCCCGUCAAGCUCUGUGCUGAGCAUGGAGCCUGCUUAAGAUUCUCUCUCUCUGUGUGUCUCUCUCUCUUUACCUCUUUCUCUCUCUCUCUCUCCCUCUGCCUCUUCCCCCAUCUCUCUCUCUCAAAUAAGAUUAAAUCUAAAAAAUUAACAAAAUAAAAUAAAAAUAAAAAAGAAAGGGGAUUGUCUGGAGGUGUGGAUAAGAAGUCACUGCAACUAUAGUAAUAUCCUGUCUAUGCAAAACAUUAAAGAUGUUAAAGCUGCCAUCAGAUGGACGGAUCAUUACUUAGGAAACUGAGUCACUCAAAAAGAUCUAGGCGUUUUAAAACUAUGAGAUUGAUUGUUAUAAAAACUAAAAGAAAAUGUAAUAAAUACAGAGAAAAUUGAAAGCCCCUCCUUUACUCUCCCUUUGAAAACCUAUCCCUCACUAUUCCUUUUAUAUGCAUUUAUAUACCCACCACAUGAACACCCACACACACAGUGACACUUGUGUUUUACACAAAUUGAUUCAUAUCACACACAUGCACACAUACAGGCACACACAAGGAUUUUACCACUAGUCAGGGCCCAGUUAGGAAAACAGAUAAUGCUAACCUCAGUAUUUAACAGUGGAGAUUUAACACAGGGAACUGGACAUACAAGAGCUCAUAACAGAGCUGAAGUGCACACAAGAGAAAGUGAAGCAACCCAUAAUUAAAAAAAAAAAUUUAAUGUUUAUUUUGGAGAGAGAGAGAGAAAGAGAGAGAGUGGGGAAGGGGCAGAGAGAGAGAGGGAAACACAGAAUCCGAAGCAGGCUCCAGGCUCUGAGCUGUCAGCACAGAGCCCGACGCAGGGCUCAAAUCCACAAACUGUGAGAUCAUGACCUGAGCUGAAGUGAGACACAACCAACAGAGCCACCCAGGCACCCUUAAUUUUUAUUUUAAUGAAGGCAAUAGCACUCCUAAGGCUGAAGGGAAAAUUAUAGAAUGUCCACAAAGAGCCAGAACCUAGCAUGAGCUGCCUGGCACGGGUGGGGACAACAAAGAGAGGAGUCUAGUCAGUGCUAAGGAUGUCACCCAAAGGAGACAGAGACAGAGACGAGAGAGAAAUGUACAGACUUUUCUCCUUCUCCUGUCCUGUCUGCCUUUGUUUCCACUGGCCAGUGCCACCCAGUAGUCGGAUGCAGUGGAGUCUAGGAAAUGGAGGUCCCUGCCACACCGAGCAGAGUGUGGGGAAAAUGAGAUCGAAAUCUGAGAGUAAACAGACAAAUGGCUACCACAGUCCACUCAUGUUGCCACAAAGCACUCAUCCUCUUCCUCCUAACUCCCAUAAAAUGACUUCAUGUUUCUACCAUGCAAAACGCAACCAGCUUUUGUGUAAAUAAUCACACCCAGAAGGGUGAAAUCCGAAGUAAUGCCUGACAUAGUUUCCCUCAUUAUGUCCAAGAAUCCAGGAUGAUAUGAGGUCCUCUCCCUCAGGACUCUAUGUGGCUCUUCAUUGUUCGGUGAGCUCUGAUCCAAAUUGUAAAGAAUAACUAAUACUACUCAUUUAGAAAAAAAAAAUUGUAAGAGAAGGAAAAGGGGAAAAUAAUUGGUUAACACAUAAAAAGGUACAUAUAUAUGAUAAUGUAUACUUAUGCUUAUAAUAUAAACAUAAGAAAAAUAUACAUGCCUUCUGUGGUCCUCAUUUCUGUAGCUGGUUCCAAGGUCAAGUUCAUAUUGAUCCCUCCUUUCUUUCACCACCCAUUCCACAUUCUUUACUUUCUGCUGGAAGCUCAGAUGAGUAGGGUUCCUUACUCGGAAGAUGAUAUAAAGCUUCUUUAUAAUCUGAGUCUUAUAAUCUUUAGAAUCUGAGUCUUUAGUGGGUCUUUAUCAGAUUGCCACAGCUUUCCCUUAACAAGGACUGUUGGAUAAAGUAGUUUAAGAGGCUCCCAGGAAACACCUUGAACUCUAGAUACAGCCCUCAUUCCACCAUUGUGGCAUAGCAACCGACUUUCAUCUUGAUAAUCAGUUCCCUGAUCCAGUACAGAGACCCCUUCUCUGGCUGCUGAUCCAGCACAAUGAGAAUGAAAAAUGGCCAGGGGGGAGUCUCAGAUGCCCAUUCAACAGGACCAUCAUUUUGUUUCCUUGUACACGAGAACCUUCAAACUCAUCGAGCCCAAGGUUGCAGAGAAGAAAGUAAAAAUGGUUCCAGCAGGGGCGCCUGGGUGGCUCAGUCGGUUAAGCGUCUGACUUUGGCUCAGGUCAUGAUCUCACGGUCCGUGGGUUCGAGCCCUGCGUCGGGCUUUGUGCUGACAGCUCAGAGCCUGGAGCCUGUUUCAGAUUCUGUGUCUCCCUCUCUCUGUGACCCUCCCCGUUCAUGCUCUGUCUCUCUCUAUCUCAAAAAUAAAUAAACGUUAAAAAAAUUUUUUUUUAAAAAUGGUUCCAGCAGAUUAUCUGGUGUAAUUGUAAAACAAAGCCUCACAUCUCUACUUCUUGGUUCCAGGACCCAUGCACUGUGGCUUUGAGGAAGACGAUAUGACCUAGUGACUACUAUUUAAUUCCUUUAGAACAUUCCUUUAGAAUGGCACCCCGACCUCACCAGGUGUUGUCUUAGAGCUGAUUCUGUGACUGAGGCUUCAGUAGGCUGCUUCACAAAGUUAGCUGCUUCUGGGUCAUGAGUUAUAAGGUAACACCAGUGAAUUCCAUGGACAGAAGCCCACUGUUGCACUUAGUUGCCAAUAAACUCUCUCUCUUUGGCAGAGGCAAUGAAGAAAACAUUCUGUAAGUCCGCAAGUGGUAGUGCUGGAAGAAGCACUAUGGGAAAGGAAGGUAUAUCUGUACCCAGAAUAUAUUUGUUUGGGGACAAAUUUCUUCUCCUUCCCUUAUGGAAAAGCUCCAAGUUACCAAUAUGCUGCCAGGGGCCAGACAGUCCCUCAGAAGAAAGGUGUCAUAUGAUGUACACAGGGAGGCCUCUGCCGCCGGGUGGUUGCACGUUUAGCAGCAGAGAAAGCCAGAUCGUCACUGAUGAGAGGAAGUCUAUCUUACUGAGCCACUGGAUAGCCUCUGUCUCUGCCACCAAGGCCACUUUGUACAUGGGCCAUCAAGAAAGCACU